AUGGUGUCCAUGAGGGCUUUCUGCCAUCUUCUAAUAUUUUUCAUUUUGCAGUUACAUGCUCAAGUCUCCCAUGGAAACUUAAAUAGACAAGCUCCACUAGCGACAAAGAAUGGUGGGCUGGGAGCAAGCACUAGUACUCAAAUUGCUAACAAGGCUUUUGAAAAUGUAAUCGAAAACCGAAAGACGCUGAAGCAUGAAAAUGUGAAGAUCGAGGCAAAUGAAAAGAAUAGUUUAGUGAUAGAGAGUAAAGAAACGGUGAGGGAAAGAAAAGGCAAGAAGCGACUCACCAAAACGUUGAGUUUAACGGCUGAUUACAGCGACCCUGGUCAUCAUCCUCCUAGGCAUAACUAA